UAGAACUUGAUGAUGGAAGGGAUUACGGCUGGGGUGAUGUUGCUAACCUAGCUGAGAGAAGCUGACCAGAAAGAGAUGUGAAGAAAUACCGCCACCGUUAUUCCUGUGUCCUGAGAUUGGGGAAGAUAAAUAAUGUUUUUUUUACAAAGGUAGUGUGGGGAUUAAAAAAUAUUAUAAGAGAGAAUUUUAACGAAAAGUUAACGAAAUGGGUCUUUGUGUCAUGAUCAUAGUAAAAAAAAAAAGAGAGAAACAAGAGAUUUUUGAUUUUAUAGGGAGAACGGAAUCGUCGAACCUAACUCGUUGAGAAUCGGUACCGCUGUGACUCUGCAGUCUGUUCUGACAGUUCUGUCAAUUCGAGUUAGAGGGGUUUUUCUUUCAAUUUUUGGAUUUGGCGACUCUUCAGAGUGCAGACUUCAGACUUCAGGCUUCAGACUUUAGAUUCUUCUCAGCUCACACUGACUCCCAUGACCGCCGGCGGCGGGGGAGCGUCGCCGCCUCCUCCCCCUACUCCCAUCUCUGGCGGCGAAUUCCUCCUUCAAUUGCUUCAGAAAUCCCCUCAACCCCAGAUACCUCCAUCAACACCACCAAACACCAGUUCUUCUUUAACCCCACCUCAAUCUCUCCCCGUCGAUCCCCAUCAUCCUCUUGACUAUCUAAAUGAUCCCGCCGUUGCAGCAAUGGGCCCCACCCUUCCCUCCCCGCCGUGGCCCUCCAACGGCCGUGAUCUCCACCCUCCUUGGCCUAACGCCACCAAUACUCCUCACCCCCUUAACGCCCAUCUCCCUCCGUUCCCUCAGAACCCUUGGGCUUUCCCCGGCUUUCCACCUCCAGGAACCGACGGGCUUGAUUACCAUCGCAGUUCACGUUAUCCCGGAAAUCACAGGCUCGUUGCCGAGGAGCUUCAAAGGUUAGGUCCUUUUGGUAAUCUUGGCGCUGGUGGAAAUCUGUUGCAGCUUCAGCAACAGCAGCAGGAGAGCAUGUUAAUGUUUGGUUCAUUGGCGUGCGAACUUCGGAGCCACGAGGGGUUAUCGAAUGGGAAUUCUUCGCAGCCCCCGGCGCUAGGGGUUGAUGGUGUGAACUUAGAGGCGCAAUUCAAUAUUCGGAAGGAUCAAGAAGGGGUCUUGGGGAGCAAAACCUCGUAUGGUUCAGAGUUUUGUUCUCCAAGUUCUGUUAAUUCCAGUCGAAAUUGGCAAUUUGAUAGUCCUCAGCAACGUAACCCUGUACUAAAUGAGCAAGGAAGAGUAGGAACCGCAUUGGGGAGAGAGCAACAUCCUGGUCCUGGGUUCCAGAGGUCUGUUCUGCCGGAACCCAAGCGAACACCGCCUGGUUUUCCAAACAAACCAAAGGGGACAGGGCAGCGUGGUUCUUUCAGUGGGAGACGAGACUUUAACCAUAAUGUGGAUAAGGAAGCGGCUACUCAGAGUGAGAUGAACCAUGCUGUCUUUCCAUCUUUUGAUAACGAUGGGAUGAUAAGAAGACAGACACCUGAAAACACUCGACUUCAAGAUGAUGCAUCUUCUACAUUAGGGCUCCAUCGUCAGCUUGAUCACCCCGGUCCUCCGUCGGGAAGUAACCUGCAUACUGUUUCAGCAUUGGAUGCUGAAGAAUCUCUAGCAAAUUUGCACGCCGAGGUUGCUCAAGAAGGACGCUUGCCCCCAUAUCCGAGUCGAAAAGAGAGGAAUAAAAAUGAGAAAGGCGAUAGAGCUUAUGGAAGGGUUAGUCGCCGUGAACAGGAUGCUUUGGCUGAAGAGCUUAUGGAUUCUUUGAUGCUUAGGGAUGGAUUGGACAACAAUAAUGGAGUCAGGCAACCUCGCGAUAGGGAUAUCAGGUCAGAUAUAUUGAGAGGACUCCGAGUACCUGGCCAGCGGAUAAGAAACAAUAGAAGAGUAUUGGAAUAUCACAGUGACAUAGAAAGGCUCAAUGCCCCUUUCCUUGCAAUUUAUGAAUCUCUAAUACCAACAGAAGAAGAGAAGGCAAAGCAGAAACGUUUACUAACAUCAUUGGAGAAACUGGUCAAUAAAGAAUGGCCUAGUGCUCGAUUGUUUCUUUAUGGAUCUUGUGCCAACUCAUUUGGGGUUUCCAAUAGUGAUAUUGAUGUUUGCCUUGAAAUUGAAGAUUCGGAUAUUAGCAAGUCUGAGAUUUUGUUGAAAUUGGCAGAUAUGUUGCAUUCAGAUAACCUUCAGAAUGUGCAGGCACUGACACGUGCUAGGGUCCCUAUAGUGAAACUUAUGGAUCCAGACACUGGAAUCUCAUGUGACAUUUGCAUAAAUAAUGUUUUGGCUGUUGUUAAUACGAAGCUCCUUCGAGAUUAUGCACAAAUAGAUGCCAGACUAAGACAGUUGGCUUUUAUUGUGAAACACUGGGCCAAAAAACGAAGAGUCAAUGAAACAUAUCAAGGAACAUUAUCUAGUUAUGCGUAUGUCUUGAUGUGCAUUCACUUUUUACAAACACGCAAGCCUGCUAUUCUUCCGUGCUUACAGGAAAUGCAUGCAACUUAUACUGUAACAGUAGAUGAUAUUGAAUGUGCUUACUUUGAUCGUGUUGAGGACCUUCGUGAUUUUGGAUCCCGCAAUAUAGAGAGUAUCGCCCAACUGGUAUGGGCAUUUUUUGAUUAUUGGGCUUAUCGUCAUGAUUAUGCGAAUGCUGUUAUAUCUGUCCGCACUGGAAGCAUUAUCAGCAAACGCGCCAAGGACUGGACAAGGCGUAUUGGGAAUGACCGCCAUUUAAUAUGCAUAGAAGAUCCUUUUGAAGUGUCUCAUGACUUGGGUCGAGUUGUGGACAAGCAUAGCAUAAAAACUUUGAGGGAGGAAUUCGAACGAGCUGCCCAUAUCAUGCAAUUUGAUCCUGAUCCUUGCGUGAAACUGUUUGAGCCCUAUGUGCCUUCUAGUUAAGCAUAUCCUUGAUUUGGUUGUUCAUGCCUUCGCUGUAAUUACAUUUUACACUAAUUGUAAAGUCCCUUAUCUGUUAUUUUGCUCUUAUCAUUUGCCUUUGUUUUUUGUUCGUCUGUAUUGAGCCAGUGGAUCUGCCAUUAGAUAUCCUCCCUGUAAAGAAAGUUAAUGAUUUUCUAUACGUCCAUGGCAUAUGCUGUUCCAUCUUUUUAUUUGAAUUUGUGAAUUAUUUUGGUGAUAUUGAGUUGAGGCAACCGCGGUUGCAAAAUUUACUCAAUCCAAGAGACACUGGGAAUAUUAAAUUUA